CUGAUUUAGGAAGCCAGAGCAUAGGUGCAAUUUUUAUCGAAUUGGAGUCGCGGGAACACAGAGAAGAGGGUUUCUGAAGAUCUCGCGAGAUCUCGUGAGCUUAGACUAGCCCGAGUUAGGCAGUCCCUCGCGGACCGGAAGUCCUUCGUCUGGAGCGUCCAAUGCUGGAAGCGGCCUGACCUUCUUUGGCGGAAACCCUUUUACAGGGAAUGGGAAUACGGCCCACCUGGCCGGAAGUCCCACCUCCGUGAUCUCCCCCCACCCUUCCAGAAGUUUUUCUGUCACCUGGGCUUGCUUCUGUUCCUUUCCCCCGUUUUAUUCCUAUACCAGAAAAGGGUAUUUUUAGUGUCGCCUUCCCGGCUCCACUAAGGGGGUUGGCUAGCUCACUCCCCGAGUCGGGGGUCCUUCCCCGCGUCCCCAUGUAGCUGAGAAGUGGGACCUGGGGGUGGUUGGACCCCUGGGAUCCUGAAGAAGGGCCAGAGAGGGCGCAGAACUCCGCUUCUGCUCCUGCUAUCGGGACGCGGCCUCCUCCGCCUCUCCCCUCCCGCUGCCAUGCACCCUGCGGCCUUCCCGCUUCCUGUGGUUGUGGCCACUGUGCUGUGGGGAGUGGCCCCCAGCCAGGGGCUUAUUCGAGCGAUCUCGGACCACAAUGCCAGCAUGGACUUUGCAGACCUCCCAGCUCUCUUUGGGGCUGCCUUGAGCCAGGAGGGACUUCAGGGCUUCCUUGUGGAGGCUCACCCAGACAAUGCCUGCAGCCCCAUUGCCCCACCACCCCCAGCCCCGGUCAAUGGGUCAGUCUUUAUUGCACUGCUUCGAAGAUUCGACUGCAACUUUGACCUCAAGGUCCUGAAUGCUCAGAAGGCUGGGUAUGGUGCUGCUGUGGUUCACAACGUAAACUCCAAUGAACUUCUGAACAUGGUGUGGAAUAGUGAGGAAAUCCAGCAGCAGAUCUGGAUCCCGUCUGUGUUCAUUGGGGAGAGGAGCUCCCAGUACCUGCGUGCCCUCUUUGUCUACGAGAAGGGGGCUCGGGUGCUCCUGGUCCCAGACAAUAGCUUCCCCUUGGGCUAUUACCUCAUCCCUUUCACAGGGAUUGUGGGACUGCUGGUUUUGGCCAUGGGAGCAGUGAUGAUAGUUCGUUGUAUCCAGCACCGGAAACGGCUCCAGCGGAAUCGACUGACCAAAGAGCAACUAAAACAGAUUCCUACACAUGACUAUCAAAAGGGGGACCAGUAUGAUGUGUGUGCCAUCUGCCUGGACGAAUAUGAGGAUGGUGACAGGCUGAGGGUGCUCCCCUGUGCUCACGCUUACCACAGCCGCUGUGUGGACCCCUGGCUCACUCAGACCCGGAAGACCUGCCCCAUCUGCAAGCAGCCUGUUCAUCGGGGUCCUGGGGACGAGGAGCAGGAAGAAGAAACCCAGGAGCAAGAGGGCGAUGAGGAAGGGGAGCCAAGGGACCACCCUGCCUCUGAACGGACCCCACUUCUGGGCUCCAGCCCCACGCUUCCCACCUCCUUUGGCUCCCUAGCCCCUGCCCCCCUUGUCUUUCCUGGGUCUUCAACAGACCCCUCACCCUCUGUCUCCUCUUCAGCUGCCGUCUUGGUCUAAAGCACCCCCCCCUCCCCCCCGCCAAAUGACUUAUUUGCACAGCCCCUCUUCCUUCCCAGUCUUCUAUGCCGAGGAUAGAAGACACUUCCACCCGGGGUUUCUCUUUACCCAACUCCAUCCUUUUGAAUGGGUUGGGGACACAAAGGGAUGGGGUCUUCACUUACUGGUUAAUAAAAUUGCUACUGUGGACUAAA